AUACCUCACUUUCUAUAUAAUACUGAUCCAAACUGCAGAUAAUUACAUUAUUUUGAAAUGACGAAAUAUUCAUUUGUCCUGUUCCUCUCCAUUCACCUGUGCAUCCUGGCAUGUUUGGGCACAGCGCAGCGCCAUGGACCCUGGAGAAACAAGGUGCAGUGGGAGACAAACAGGCAGGUUUAUAGCUUACUGACCACCGGUUCUCAGUAUCACAUACCUGCUACUGGACGACGAAAUACGCAGUUCUUUUUAAAGAGGCACUUGAUGCCAAGAUUCACUGGCAGGUUUUUUGUGGGACAUUUCGCAAGUCCAAGGAGGCACGCAAUUGCACAUACAGUGCAGUCAAACUCUGCGCCAGAGCACACAGGUGGCAUGAACAGUGGUGUUCUUGGUGUGGAUGCAAGACGUUACCUGAUAUCUGGUCAAGCAUCACUUAUGAGGAAUAAUAAUCCACAUUUUUCAGCUUUGCGCACAGUGAGAAUUGCACAGGACGCAUUGCACACCCAGUCCGUGCACUAUAGCGCAGCACCAACUCGCAUAACUACAUCGGCACCUUUGGAAUAUUCAGGGAGCACAAGCGCACUAGGUAGCCGUAACUUAGAAACCGGCACACUGGUGCCAAAGCGACGAUCUCCCAUUCCAGCCACCGAAACCCCAGCCACGAUGAAUUUUGAGGAGAACACCCCUCGUCAACCUCAAGUUUCCACUUUGACCGGGAGUAACACUGAAAUGCAGGUUAAUAACUCUGAAUUUCCAUUGAGAACAAGUUUGGUGCCCAGUGCAUCUUUACUUUCAGCAUCUGCUAAUAACAGGAAUAAUGUAAUUCCUACUUACCAGGAAGAGGAAAGAGAAGGUGACAGUAUGAUUGGUGAUGAACCAACUAAUCUGAAUGUAAACAGCAGGAACUCUCUUGACUACAACUUGCUCACAUAUGGAAGUGUAAACCGGCAUCUUCAAAUAGAUACGGGUUACGGUAGCAGGUAUUUCCAUAACGGUAAGACAAAUGACCAUAUAUAAUUACUUAAAUAAGCAUUAUAUAAGCAUGGCCAACAAAAUGUGUAUUGGAUUGUUUUGUUUUUUGUCAACGUUCGUCUCUCGUGAGACUCAAAUUGACUUUUGGCGCCCUUUUUCGCUCUUAGCACAUUUGGCCAAACAUUAGCAACUUUUCACACAACACACUAACGUUUUUGUGAUACCGUAUAUUUGCGAUUUGUAAAUCUAUAACAAAGUGAUAAGCAAUGACAGUUAAGUACUUUUUGCCAAUGUUUCUUCCGAUUCAAUACGAAAAAUGGUCAUGAAAUGCGAUUUCGCGGGCGUCUAUUUACCGCUAUAUUAAAUUUUACUGCAUGACUAAGUUCUAACAUUUAUUCUGGUAAAUGAAACAUUAUUUGGAAACUUUUGAAACCUAUUUAUUUUUACGAGAAAAACGAAUGUGUUCUUUUAAAACGUUGCCAUUAAUUUUAAGAUUUUCUCCUCAGAAAAGACCUCACCUAUAUCUCCACUAGAGUUUCAGAAGAGAUCACAUCAAUGUGCUCUGUUUUGCCAAAAUUCAAAAGUGUGCACUUUGCUUUUAGUCUUUUCAUUUGGAUUUUAAUUACAUUGACAAUAAAGCGCAACAGUUUGCCAUUGCAUGGAAAAAUGCUGCUUUGUAUUCUGUCCCUUUACAUUAUCACAAUGAGUUAGGUUAAUAUUUUCCAGGCCUGCCUGAUGUCAUUCCUGAUCCAUACUAUAUCCAAGCUGCCUCCUAUAUCCAGAGAGUGCAGAUGUACGCAUUAAGAUGUGCAGCAGAGGAAAACUGCCUCUCAAGGUGCUAGAUCAUGAUAGUAAAUAUGAAAACCAAUUUUUGGCCGUUUUAAAUAGAACUGUGUCUUCUUCCAACAAGUUCGGCAUACAGCCCGAGCGUCAGGGAUCUUGACUACCGAGUGCUCUUGCGUUUCCCUCAGAGAGUCAAAAAUCAAGGGACAGCAGAUUUCCUCCCAGUGAAACCACAUCAUCAGUGGGAAUGGCACAGCUGUCACCAACAUUAUCACAGUAUGGAGGCUUUCAGUAAUUAUGACCUCCUGGACGCCUCCACGGGCAAAAAGGUGGCAGAGGGUCAUAAAGCCAGUUUCUGUCUGGAGGACACCAGCUGUGAUCCAGGUGUGAGGAGAAGAUACGCCUGCACAGCUCACACACAGGGAUUGGGUCCAGGCUGCUACGACACCUACCAUGCCAACAUUGACUGUCAGUGGAUUGAUGUAACAGAUGUUUCUCCUGGACAAUAUAUUUUAAAGGUAACAGUGAACCCAAGUUUCCAAGUGCAGGAGUCUGAUUUCUCCAACAACGUUGUCAGAUGUGACAUCAGAUACACAGGGUCGUACGUCCAAACACACAACUGCAGAAUCACAAGGUCCUGAUGCAGUUAGCCUCUCCCAAACCUCCAGUGGUGCUUAUUUAGUUUUAAUUACCAUCUUUAAAGGAGUAUUUCGGGUUCAAUACAAGUUAAGC